UCCGACCACAGUGACCCAGGGACAGAGAGGCAGUGAUAGAUGAGAUGAGGGAGAUGAGAAAAAUGAUGAAGGGACUGGUCAGGCAAAUGACCAAUAUUGAGACCAAGAUGGGAGCCACGACUUACAGAGGCAAGCCAGGGUCGCCAUACUCCCUGCGAUGGGAUCGUAGGAAUACUGACCCUUUGUGGAGCAUGGAGGAUAGAAACCCUCGCACACUCGCGGACAAUCGAGUGAGAGAGAGAGAUGAAGAUGGCGGGCGGCGUAGGGAUGAGGAGAUUGAUAGGGAUCGCCGAGGAGACAGGUACCGCAGGAUGGACACCUUUAGCCGAGGGGGGAGGCAGGAACAGUACCCGCGCAGUCCCAGAUAUGAUAGGAACGUGGAAGGGUAUCGGAGCCCGGACAAUUUCAACCGGAGGGACAGGGAUGACUCACGUGGCCGAUGGGAAUCGGACAGGGACCGUAGGGAUGGAUAUCGUAGCGGCUAUGAGAGGGCAGAGCAAGGAGGAGGACGUAGAGACGAUUCGCGCGAGCAGUAUGACCGAGGAGGUUAUCCUGCUUCGUCCGGAUACCCGAAGUCUCCAAACUAUCCCAAAUCUUAUGGGCCUUCCAACCAAGACGUCACACCAGCGACAGGACUAGGUCCUAGGGGUGUAGAGCACCGACCGCCCACUCCUAGGAAUUCCUGCAUCUACUGCAAGGGGGAAAAUCAUGUCAAGAGGGAUUGUCCGGACCUCAGGAGAGUUAUCGGCGAGGGGCUUGUCGUGCUUGACGAACGCAAGUACGUCAAGUGGGCAGACGAUUUAGGUGACGUAUCGAUGUUCCCUUCGAUGAAGGAGAAUGUUGAGGCCAGGCGGGUGCGGCCGAGGAAAGGGAAGGACGUGGCGAAGAGUUAGAGUGUCAGGAUGACGCUGCCCUGUGAGGAUGAGAUGCCAACCACGC